AUGUCGACGUUUGAAGCAGCCCGAGCGAUGGCGCUGCCGGUAGGCGCCGCCUCGAGCCAGGACUUGGGACUCGAAGACCAACUUCUGCUCCACGACUGGCUGCUCAGUUCGACGUUCCUCUUCUACGCCGUCCUCCUGGUCUCGGCUCUGACACUUCCGUUGCUCAUCGGCAGUUGGGCCACUAUGCAGACUCACCGCAAGACCCAGUACUACCCCUACCUCGUCUCCAUCAUCUACGGCAACUUUGUCCUUCUCGCCACGGUCCUUGCCAACGUCAUCAUGGAGAACACUCACGUUUUCUCAGGUCAGUCUUUUUCUCAAUGUCAUUUGUGUCUUGUUCUGAAUGAAAACAAAUCAAAGGAAGAACGCGGAAAAAUAAAUCAAUGAUAUUUUGAGAAUAAAUAAAAGUUUGAAAAACACCAAUAUGUUAAUCGCUGUUUCUCUUUUUCCUUUAUUAGGUCAUAUUUCAAUUGAUUCUGUACCUUUUAAUUGUAUCGGUUAAUUUUUUAAAAUUUUCACUCUAAAAUAUCAACUUUCGCUCUCCAAAGUGUUUUCCUGCAGCUGUCAAAUUACUUUUUAUUUGAAAAUGAAGUUUUCAUAGUUUGAUCAAAACUCUUGCUUCUGAGGCACCAAACCUCAGAGCCAAUUUUCGGAAAUUCGAAACGGAUCUCGGACACCAAAUUUUGCAAGGAAAAACUGGAGUGUUCCUUUUUUCGAAGGAUCGAUGAAGAGGGGCUCAGUAGACACUUUAGUGAUUCUGAAUAUUCUUUAAUUGGAAAGACAGGAGAUUCUUUUUCGUGGCUUUUAUACCUUCCUGAAAGUGUUACAGUUCUUUCAAAGUUUUAUCUUUACGCGGCUCUCAAAAAAUCUCACUCAUUACGAAUUUGCGAAAAAAGAGUCUAGGUUAAGAAAAAAAGGAUGAUCUUUGAGAUAGAAUUUUCUGGGAAUCGGGUCUUGUUGAGAGUUUCGUGAAGAGAAAGCUGAUUUCAGGGGUGUUUCCAGGAGCGAUCGUCUGCAAACUCAGCGCCUUCCUCGUCAACGCUUCUUCCUGUUUCAUCCAUUGGAGUUGGGUCGCAAUGUACCUCCAGGUUUGAUCAAGGAAGAGAAAUCAAAGUCUGAAGAUGGGCAUUAUAUGUAUAGUUUUCAAAAAUACCGAGAUGAACUGGAUGCCUGUUUUGAAGAGCAAAAACCUGACUUCUUCAAAUAAUUUAUAGCGAAAAGCUUAAGAUACCUUUCUUCGACUCUCCAACUUUUUGAUCUUUGGCUAGAAAUCGAACUGUUAUUUUCGCGAUUUACGCAUUCUUCUUUAUUUAGUUACAAUGUCUGAAAACUGAAAAUUUCUUUAUGAUUUUCAUAAGAAUCACUCAGAGAUAUAUAUAAGAACAGUCGGAAGUUUUGGAUACUCAAAUGUUUAGUCAUUUGAUUAUUUUCUUGUUCAUGGUGAAAAUUCAGAGGUUUCUCCACGUCUUCUUUCCAAUGAGGUCCAGACGCCGGUAUCCCAAAAACACUUGGAUCACGAUUUUGGUGUAUGUUUCCUUGAAUAUUCAUUAUAAUUGGCGCGCCGUAGCGCAACAGGUUGUGUGCCUGUCUACGGUCCACCGGGUCACAAGUUCGAUCCCCGCCCCGCCCCAACCAAGGGGUUUAAGAAAUGUUGGUAGUGGGAAACCACGACUUCAAAAUCCCCAGCCGUCACACACAAGGACGGAUAUGUCACUGGAGCCAGUCCACUGAUUAUCAUCAGGAUAGGACCUCGGCUAAUCGACUUGGGGCGCCGACGCCGCUCAAGCGGUACAAAGGCGUAAGAAGAAGAAGAAGAAGAAUAUUCAUUAUAAUUAUGUCAAAAAUGUUUACUUGAAAAAUAGAACCAUAUUUUGAUCGCUAUUCCAAUUUCGCAGUAUUGUUAUUUUUCCUAGAAAACUGAGCGUGGUAAUUGAAGUCCUGAACGCUUUAAUUAAGGUUGUUUUUUGUAAAUGCACGAUUUAAACCAGAGGCUUCCAAAUAAUUUUGUUUCAGUGAUCCAUAUAAUCUGGAUUGCGUCAAAUCGCUUUUUUUCCAUUAAAUUUGAAACGUAUGACAAGGAACGGGAGUUAAGGUUUCAAAAUUGGGAGAGUGAAGAAGCUUUUCUGAGAAAUUGCAAACUUCCGUGUAGAAAUAACCUUUUUCUUCCUCACGAAGUCCGAGAAAAACCUUUUUCAAGUGAUUAAAAAGUUUUCAGGAAUAAAAGGACUAUUUUUCAGGAUCUCAACAUUUUCGGUAAUCUCUCAACUUUGGACGCCGAUUUUGAUAACGGAGCUUCAUUUCGGGUCGGAUGAGACCAAUGGAACGUACUGCGCGGAAGAUCCGCAUUUGGCUGGGUACGUUUUUGAUGCAAAUGUUCAUCGAAAACAUCGCUACGAGGGACGGGGUUAGGAAUGACCGUGAACACCAGAAAAAAGCUAUACUUUACUAUUGACCCUUUUUUUAUUUCUUCAAUUAUUCGAAAAACCUUUGAUAAUUCACAAGUUUUCGCCCUUUUUGAGAUUUUUCUAGCUUAUUAUCAUAUGGAGGCUAUUGAAAAGGAGCAAUAAAAGAGUGAAAAACAUCUUUUUCGACAAUAACAUUUAGGCAUUUCUGUUCUCAAAAUGAGAUAUGAAUAGGCAUUUUCUGAGUAGUUAUUAUCCCUUUUCUCGUCGUGUACUAUUUGCAUAAUCAAUCCAAAAAUAGUCUGUAUCUUAAUGAGAUUUCUUCUACAUUCUCCUUUUUACAGUAAAAUGUUUUUCUGUAAUAAUUUGCAGUGAAAAACUUCAGUAAUCAUCGGUUCAUAGACUUGAUCGACUAAGAAAAUCUUCAAGCCGGUCUUCAUGACACUGAGUUUUUAGUUGACCAGCUGAAAACAUGUUUUGGAGAUUUCUGUUCUUCUACAUCUUUCUUGACAAAACCUGCAACGAGAAGCAAACUACACAUAAUUUGAACUCUGGAGAUGUUUUGAGGCUUCGAAAUUAGAGACCGCAGGCUGAAAUUUCAAUCUUUUUUUUAUGAUUUGAAGCUCCCAUCCUUUCUGCUCCGUUAUUUAGAAAAAAAAACUACUUUUAGAAGAUAAAAAUCUUGAUAAAUUUUGCACCGGAAAGAACGCAUUUCUGCUCUGAAAAUUAGGUUUCCUCUCUUUCAUUAGAUUUUUCUUAGCUUUGUUUUUCGAGGGAAGUUGUUUUGAGCAAAAAAAAAACUACACAUAAAUUUAUGAAGAUAUUUCAAGAUUAAUCUGAAAUUUUUUUGAAAAAAUAGCCGCUGUGUGCAUUGAACUAUUGACAGCUGAUGCUCCAUCAAAACUAACAGGCAGUGCGCCAGGGCAACAAACGAUGUUUCAUUUCAUCUUCUCUCACAAGGAAUGUCAUUUUGCUUCUCGGUUGGGGGUUUCCUGGUCAGAAUACUCCUUGAAGUACCAGAAGAGGAAUCUGGAAGUCUCAACAUGUACAGUUUUAUAGUUUUUCAGAAAGGACAUUUUAAAAUCUAAGGAAAACUUCAUAUUCCGUAAAUUUGGAAAAUCCAUAUUGGGGCUUUUAUUACUCGAAAUUGGGAAGUCGUGCAGGUUGAGGCUUUCUUCAGGACCUUAGUUUAGUUCUUGAAGAAGUAUUUUGGCCAAUUUUCAGGAAAUUACCAAUCGCAACGUAAAAUGACCUCUCUUGUUACCCGAUCAAAAAGUUCUUUUGGAUUGCAAAAAACAAAGUCGCAACUGACCAAUCUUCAGAUCGACUAGUCUGAAGACGCUGGUGCUGGCCGAGUGCGUGCUGACGUUCUUCCUGCCUCUGGGACUGACGGCGUUCACCGACAUCUCGGUUCUGCUGGUGCUCCGCUCCUCCUGCCAGCCGCAGUUCACCCUCAUCUCGGCCGACGAACUCUGCCACGAGAUUCCGACCGACGCCACCACCAUGAAGAUCGUCUCCAAGACCCAUCGUCAGUGUGCCGAGAAGCGGCGGAGUAACGCCAUCCGUCGCUGUCUUUGGACCGCCACUGUCACCCUCCUUCUCAACCUACCCAACUAUUCUCUCCAGGUAAUUCAUUUCGGAGGACUUACAAAAUCAAUUCUAAGUUCAUUGAUAUCCUGGACCUCCGAUCCACGAUCUAAAAACCGAUAAAAAACACUUAAAAACUCAUUUCAGUUAAUCGACGAAUUUUACCAUCUUCGAGACAGUGCCGAAUACAAUACCCGCCGUUUGUUCUUGAAGGUUGUUGUUGGAAUUUCGUUUUCUUGGAAACUGAGUGCGAUUCCCAGAUCGACGCCGGAGUUUACAUUCUCUACCUGCUUCAGUUCCCAAUCGUUCCAAUUUACAUGCAAAUGAUCAGAGGAGACCUUGCCAAAUCUUCAAGGUAAGCCAACAACAUUUCUGAGUUUCUAUUGGAAAGAAGUUCUCCUUUCAAGAAUACCUUUCAGAAAGCAGAAAAAACCGCCGAUUCCUUUAAGAAUGGACCACAGUCGCUCAACUUUUUCCGUUGGAUAA